CGCGGCGUCAUCCCCCUCCAGCGAGGCAGCUCAUGUAUAUACACAACUAUAUCGCAUUGUAGACCAACAGCAAGCUUGAGUUCGACCCACUCCGCGGUAACAUAGUCCAGCAGUAACCCAACCAUCCAAAUAAUUCUCGGCGCCCACCACCACCACCACCACCACCAUGGCCGACGACACCGGCAGCGAGCUCUUCGCCAACUACGAGGCCGAGCUCAAGCUCGUCCAAGCCGACCUCUCCCAACAACUUGAUCGCAUCCCCGAACUCACCGGCGAGCCACGCAAAGCCGCCAUCUCCCAAGCCGAACGCGCGGUCGAUGAAGCGAAAGAGCUCCUCGACUCAAUGCGACUGGAGAAACAAAACCUCCCCCAGUCCAGCAAAGUAAAGAUAAACCAACGCUUCCGCAACCACGAAAGCGACAUAGAUGCCUCCAAACGCAAACUCGCCUCCCUCAAAGACGACCGAUCCGCACUAUUCGGGAAGCGGUACAGAGAUGAACCCGCUGGCUCAGCGCAAGACGAGCAGUUAGCGCAGCGACAGCAAUUACUUUCCGGCACCGACCGGCUGGAUCGGAGUACGGGGCGAUUGAGGGAGAGUCAGCGAUUGGCGCUGGAGACGGAGGAUAUCGGGCGGAAUACGCUGGCGGAUUUGGGUAGGCAGCGGGAAACGAUUGAGCAUACACGGUCGACAUUGUUGGAGAGUGAGGGGUAUACGGAUCGGAGUAAUAAGACGUUGAGGGGGAUGAUUCGGAGGAUGGCGACGAACAAGAUCGUUACGAUUGCGAUUAUUACUGUGCUUGUUAUUCUGAUUCUGGCCGUGAUUAUAAGCAAGUUCCGGUGAGUCAUUGUGCUAUAACUGUACGAUAGCCGUACGGCAUACAUGAGGUACCAAGCCAGAGUGGCAACCAUCCCAUCCCCAUAACCUAUU